GAAAAAAGAUAGAGACAAGUGAAACAUUUCGGUAAAUAAGAUUACGCGAGUGAUAAGAUUACACGAGCUUUUAACUCAACGUGCAGAUACGAUGGGCACCAUCUCAUAUUGAGGCUCCAACCGUGCCGAAUCGAUUUCCACUAUGCCAGCCUACAGAUGGGUAAGCCGCCACAGCGCUCAAUCGCUGCCAGAAAAUGCGGUCAGCGGUGGUCGCGACUCUGACGGAAGUGCAAUUUACGUCGGCAGAGCUUUCCACGAUGGAGACAUGAUUCCGGCAAAAGUGAUUCCCGACAAGGGUGUCGCCUACGUUUGCCACGGUGGCGAGGAACAUCCCAAAGACAGUUACGAGGUCCUAUGCCAAGGGGAAUUCGCAUGGGAGUUCUGCAGCAACGGUGAAGUACCAGCGGAUGCGAUAAUCGCCGGACAAACCGCGGAUGGAGAACCUCUAUAUGUUGGCCGUGUCCUCCAUAGUGGAUCUCAAACAAUUGGCAAGGUUCAACCGAGUCACGGAUGCCUGUACAUUCCGUUCGAUGGCGAAGAGCUAUCGUUCAAGGAUUACGAAGUACUCGUCAUGCACUAACUCGAUUGUGGAUGUCCGAGGAUUGAAGAUGUAAUACGCAUUUUAUACACGACCGAAUAAGUUAAUUGAGGCAAGCAAAACAACCUCCAAACAAGUUGCUGAAGCAUAAAGAACCGAAUGGAAAGUUAUUGCGAACAAAUAUUAUUCCGUUUUCUAAAUGUUUAUAAAAAUUUAUUGAAAUAAAACAACGACAAAGCAAUCAUUUUUUAAAUUAUUUUUGGUAAGUAAUAAAUAAUUUGUAUUGGGCAUAAACGAUUGCUAAAAAAAACCAUUCGUAUCGCUUAUUUAUCUUCAUAAUAUUUCCAUAAUUUAUUGUGUUAAAUAAUGGUAUUGUUACAUAAAUUAAAUAUACGCAAGUAAGUCAUUUUUCUCUUCAA